AUGUACCCUCCCCCGGAGGACUACUACCCACCCCGCUCCCACAGGUACACCCUCGAAGACUCCCCUGGCUAUCCAGGCCGCAAAUUCGACGUCGUCCUAGGGCAGAUUGUGGCAACGAUUCAACAUCUUUGUAUCGACAACAUGGUGUUCGCCGCUGCAAAUAUCCGUGUCUGGAACCUGACCAACUCGCCAUCCAUUUGGCCUCCGACUGCGAGAGUUCCUGUUAAGUUUUAUGUCUUUAAGCCAUGCCAUGAAGAGUUUCCAAUCGCGGUCCCCGUCAAAAUCGCCGAUUUGAGCGCACCAAUCACCGGAGAUAACCUCAUGGUACGAGUCGAUGGAGAGUGGAAACCCUUGACACCAUGGCUGCUAUCUCUUCCUGAUCCUGAUCAAAUUCUCAAGGACCGCCCUGAUUCGAGUAUAUGGGCUCAGCGACAAUGGUGGAAGCGUAAUGGCAAAACGUUCCCUCUUAUGAAGCUCCCCGUGGAAGUGCGGAUGAAUAUAUAUAAGCACGUCCUCGGUGGUAAGAUUUACCUGAGUACUGCUGACUCCCGUCAUGGUGGAGACCAGAUUGUCACACUCUGGUCACACGAUAGCUGGGAUGGUAUGCCCACGCCACCUCAUGCAGGGUAUUAUGGGCCGCUGCCUGCGCGUAGUAGCAAUUGGUGGAUGGACUUGGACGCGUUCGCACCAAGCAGGCCGAGCUACAGCAUUCUCUGGGUCAGCAAGGAAGUGCAUGAUGAAGCGACCGGCGUGGUCUGGAGCGGUACGUGGAAGUGCUUCCUUAGCCCUUCGCUGUUCCAUGACGUUCUCCAAGCUCGCCUUCCCAAUCGAUAUACAUGGCUGACUCGGAUUGAAUUGGACUUCGGCUUCUGUCAGUACUUCGAUUUCUUUGGCGUAACAAUAUUCCCAUCUCUCAGCAAGACCGAAUCCGAGUAUGAGGGCCUCUUACUGAGCAUGCGAUACGAGAAUCUCCGCGACGUGCGCCUACGUUUCCGGUGCGCUGACUUGGAUAACCCCUGGUAUGAGUUUAAAGUCACUCACCACUCGGAAGACUGGUUCGUCGAUGACGAGAACUACUCGCACAUGGAAUACGACUUGUGUCAAAGCACAUUGGUCGAUUGCCUCAUGCAUUUUGCCCUCCCUGUUCUUUCGAAAUUCCCUCGAGUCCGCUUGGUCGGAUGGAUCGAUCCCCGAGUCAAAGAGAAGUGGGAGUACAUCCUCAGCCGCGAGUACGAUCCAUUCAGGGCAUCCAUAUAUGACUGGCAGAAAGAGGGCAGAGAACUUGUGGGUCUGCCCGCGUACAGGUUGCCACCAUGCCGCUGA